GAAAGUCUUUCUUGAGGGGAAAAAACUGCACGUAUCUGGAUAUUUCUGCCUUCAAGCUAGUUUCAUCCGUGAACAGGGUGGCUAGCCACUGAUUGCCUGCCGGGAGAGGUAUCAUGCUGUUGUUCGUUGAGGUGACCACAAAGGGGGCGGGACUGAACCCCAAUGCCAAAGUGUGGCAAGAAGUGUCUGUCCCGCCCACUGAGGGCCCAGAGGAGGUAACCGAGAGUCCUGAUUGGCCACAAACAGAACCUAGCCUUGGGGAAGAGACAGUGGACUGUAAGUAUGGUGUGGAAUAUGGUAACGCUGAUUCUUCCUCACCAGUAGAUGGCAGCAUACUGAAUGGAGUGGAAACCACAGAGCUGGCCUACCCAGUGUAUGAGCAAGUUGAAGGUGAGGUGAUGGAGCAGCAGUCUCUGCCUGAGGAGAGUCUGAGAGAGUCACUAAAGAAACAACUGGAGUUCUGUUUCUCCAGGGAGAACCUGUGUAAGGAUCUGUAUUUGAUGUCCCAGAUGGACAGUGACCAGUUUGUGCCCAUUUGGACGGUGGCCAGCAUAGAAGGAGUCAAACUCCUUACUACUGACAUGGAACUGAUACGGGACGUGCUCAGAGCCUCACCCUUGUUGGAGGUAGAUGAGAAGGGGGAGAAAGUUCGUCCCAAUCACAAACGCUGCACCAUCAUCCUGAGAGAGGUGCCAGAGACCACACCAGUAGAGGAAGUAGAGGCCCUGUUUAACAGUGAGAGCUGCCCUCAGGUGAUGAGUGUUGAGUUUGCACACAAUAACAACUGGUACAUCACGUUUCAGUCAGACACUGACGCACAACAGGCUUACAAGUAUUUACGAGAGGAGGUCAAGACCUUUCAGGGAAAGCAAAUCAUGGCUCGUAUAAAGGCCAUAAACACGUUCUUUCCUAAGAAUGGUUAUGGUGGGGUGGACUCCAGUGUGUAUACUGGUCAGUGUCAGUCGCAGUUUGCGUCUCCAGUUUACCUGCAGCAAGUGUACCAGCCCACCCAGCCGUACCCAGUCUACGGCCUCCUGCCCCCCACAUGGACCCCCUCACCCACACCCUACUUUGAGACGCCGCUGGCUCCGUUUCCAAACAGUUCCUUUGUUAAUGGUUUCUGCUCAGUGAACAACUAUAAAACAGGCUCCUCCUCUCUCGCUCCAGGACGCCACUUCCCCCGCAACAGAGUCCCUCUGUAUUCCAGAAAGAAUGUUAUCAAUACAUUCAGGAACCAGGGCAAGCCUCACUCCCGUGCUGAUGUAAUUCCUCAGUCGGAUGCCCAGUCUGGCCCCACCAGUCCCCUUCCAUCUCACUCAGCAGCAGGCUCUGAACCAGUGACAGCGCUUUCCCCCUCGGACACGCCCACUUCACCACCCACAGGCCACGCCCACGCAGACCUGACCCUCAGUGGCCGUUCCAGGAGAGGCAGCUCGCGUGGAGUGAGGAGGAGACGAGAUGAUGAUAGAACAUCGCGGCCACUUCCCCCAGCUGAGAAAGCCCCUCCCCCAAAAUUUGACUUGGAGACCACCAAUUUCCCUCCGUUGCCAGGAGGCGUGUCUAACCAGCUCCCUGGAGGCGUGGUUAAACAGGUGGAGUCAAUUUUGGAGAAUCGUAUGGCAGAUGUAGUCAAAGGCAUCAGUAGAGACAAGGUCUCAGUUGGUCCUCAAGAGGAGGUUAGAGUUAGUUCUCCUACCCCAUCAACACCAGACACCCCCAACUCCAGUGUAAACCAUGGCACAAACAAACAGGAGAAGGUUGACUCUCCCCUGCAGAUGGCCUCCACCCCAACACCAGCUCCUGCUCUCAAUGGAACUGUCUCGCUUCCCCCCGCCUCCAAACCACCGCACAGCCAAUCCGCUUCUACAGCCACACCUCCCUGCCCCAUCGCUACCACACCCACACAGGAGCCACGUAAGCUGAGUUAUGCAGAGGUGUGUCAGCGUCCGCGUAAGGACCCGCCUCCUGCUCCCCUGCCCUCCCCGACGCCCACGUCACCGCCGGCAACCGCCCAGCCGCUGCGGGAGCUGCGUGUGAACAAGGUGGACAGCCCCACCCCUUCUCCCAGCAUGCCCGGCGAGAGGGCGGAGAAAGGAAGCAGGGACGGCCAGGCCCACCGUGAACCGCUGGGCCAUCACCGUGGCAACAAUCAGUACCCUAGGGCAGGAGGGGCGGGGUUUAAGAUCAGGGAGCAGCAGAGACGACCCCCUCACGGCCGACGCCCCUCCCCACACACGGGCUACAGCCGACGCAGCGGAAAAGAGCAAAACAUCCCGCCCAGAUCACCGAAAUAACACAUGAACACCUACAGACACAUUUAUACAUACUGAAGUAUAUAGAGAUGUAAAGAGAGAUUGUAUGUAAAUCUGUAUCUAUAUAAAUCCAUAUAUAUAUAUAUGUAUGUAUAUGUGUGUGUACAUGCGGCUGCAGUGGACACUGGCAGCAGGGGCCCAGAGCACAGCACUGCAGCUUUCCUCUCUGUGGUCGUCAGACUCUGUGUGUGAGAAUGGCUUUUAUCUCUGUGUGUGUUUCAUGUACUCUUGAUACUUGCCUGUCAGAGAAAUGGAAAUCAAACGAGCCAAAACGGAAAAGAGACACAUACGGUUGACACUGUCUGAACAAGUCAGAGUGGAGACAUGGACAGAACAGGACACAGCUCCUCCAGACUGUGACACUGCUCCUUUCUCUCUGUGUGUGUGUGUCUGUGUGUGUGUGUGUCUGUGAACCUGAAUGAACAAAGUGUCUGUGAGCAGAUGAGUAACAGAUCUGACAGGUGAAGGAGGAUGAGGAAGGGUGUAUUCAGACAGGAGAGAAAGGGAGAGGGCAGAUUUUUACAGGCAGGGGGAGAGUUAGAGAUGGGGAG